GAUUAAAUGAACACUGAAAACCAAUCAAAAGAGUCGUCACUAAUGGACGAAGAUGAAAAAUGGAUGCUGACAGGAAAACAAGGAAGUAAUCUAAUUUUGUCGUGACAUCCAUGAAAAAUGUCAUUUCUGAGUUCUAGAAUUGAAAAAGUUAUGGGCAAGGAAGUGGAGUUACUCGAAGCAGCACGAACUGGUAACUUGCAAACUGUAGAGAAAAUUCUUUCAAGUGGUAAAGGAAGAAAAUCUCAUCAUGUUGGAGCAGCGCUUGUUAAAUUGAGCAGUUUUCUGAAGUCAGUGAAUGUGAAUUAUACAGACAAGAAUGGUUAUUCCGCCUUACACCAUGCUGCAGUCAAUGGAUAUAGAGAUGUUGUUGAAGCAUUGUUAAAAGCAGAUGCACAGCCUGGUCUUAUUGACUGCCAGGGUUGUACCCCUGUUCACCUGGCUGCCUGGAAUGGUGAUGCUGAAAUUGUCAUGCAGCUGUUGACAGCAGGAAUCGACAGCGAAGAAGUGAAUCCUGUCAAUGUAAAUCAUCAGAAUGGUACAGGUGAUACAGCUCUGCAUUGUGCAGCUCAGUAUGGCCAUGUGGCUGUGGUAGACGUCUUAUUACAGAAAUCAGCAAACCCAACCAUAAGGAAUCUGAAUGAGGCUUCACCGCUGGACCUAGCUUCACAGUAUGGUCGCCUUGAGGUUGUGCAGCGGUUGUUGAUAUCGCACCCAGAGUUGGCGCGACACCCGUCAAGCACACAGUCACCAUUGCAUCUAGCAUCUCGAAAUGGACACAGAGAUAUUGUAGCUGUGUUGCUGGAUAAUAAUUUUGAUAUACAGACUAUGACUGAAACAGGUAAUGCCUUACACGAGGCGGCCUUGCACGGGAAACUUGAUGUGGUAAAGCUGUUACUAGAGCGAGGUAUUGAUGUGAACCAGAGGGACUACAAGGGUCAGACCGUGCUGGAGCUGCUUAGUGCACACCAAGCUCAACAAAAAUCCUUCACAGAAAUAACCAAAGCUAUACAAGAACACAUGAAUCAGUCUGGUGAUAAGUAUGAAAGCUUGGCAAACUGUCGUAGUGGAAUAGAUAAACCUACUGCUGCUGUUAAGCCCCUCCCACCUGAGAAACCAAGUCCUUCUGAUAGGCCACACCCACCAGACAAGCCACUCCCUGUAGAUGCUGCAGAGAAAGAAGGCACACCAGAGAGGCCGGUUCCUACACCAAGAGUUUCAAUGUACAAAGUUUCUCCGGAAGGGGAACAAGAAAAUAUUUCAGUUGUACCAACAUAUUCUAAACCAAAUAAAGAGAAAUUGGAUAUGGAUAGGGUGAUAAGUACAGCCAGCUCCACAACUGAUGAUGUGCCACCACCGUUACCACCAAGACAUUCAAUAUUCACACAAGAGGGAAGACUUUCCUUACUUCCAGCAGAACACAGUAUACCCAGCAUUCCUGAAUCUAGUCCACCUACAUCAAAAGCUAACAUGCCUAAACCAAAGAAGCCACCAAGACAGAAAAGAUCUCCGGCUCCAGUGCGUAAAUCUCCACCACUCUCUUCACAAGAGCCUGUUUCCUCUACAACUUCUACUCCUGAGAUAUCAGGUACUAACAUUCCAGAAAGUUUUGUUAACAUUCCCCCUGCACAAACCUCAAAUAUUGACUCCACUGAUUGUGAAAGCACUUCCCAGCAUUCCGGGCAAAAUGUAGACGAAUUGCAUUCCACAGCACAAGGAACAGACCAAUCAGAUUGUAGUUCACCAAAUUCUUGUUUACAAAGAACUGACCAAUCAGAUUGCAGCAUUCCAAAUUCAACACAUUGUUGUCCCCCUGUAAAAAGCCCAAGACCAUCGUUGUCUCCUAAAACAAUAGUUGCUAAGGAAGAUAACUCUGUUGAGCCAAAGACAACUAGACCUGUUAGUGAAGGAUUUUACAUGGAGAUGUCAAAAGUAAACCAUUCUGACCAGUCAGGAAGACCAGUUUCAGAGGUCAAACCACAAGUGAAGGCCAGUGUCAAUUCUUCUAAUGUACAAGAACAACAAUCUUCACAGCAAGGGGUAGAUAACUAUGGUAUUCUUUUUCCAAAUUUACGAAAAUUAUCUGCCGAUUUGUCACGUAAAACAAGACCAGAACUUCGUAGAAUGAACACAGCUCCUAACCCUUCGGAUGAUGUGUAUGUGAGUCCUAAUCCUUCUUCACCUACUGAUAGAUUUAAAGAAAGACAAGGCCAGCUUCGUAGAGCAAAUACUGCCCCUGAAGAAUCAACAUACCUAGUGAUGAGUAACAAAACAGAUGGUGAAGACAGUAAAGCUAUUACUGAGAAUGAAAAUGAAUAUUCAGAAAUUCCGGAAAAAGAAGGUUCUCUUUCACCAUCAUCUCCAAAGGAAAAUAUCUAUGCAACCAUAACAGAGAAUGAUGCAGUUGGAAAGAGCACAGCAACUCUUGAAGUAGACACUAAUGUAUACUCCCAGAUUAAAGAUCUGUCUCCUGUACCUUCUCCUAAACAGAGAAGUGAAGACAGUAAAGAUGAUUGUACAGAAAAUAAAGAUAAAACAGUGGGCAUUGAUGAGACUGAUUCCAAAGAUGAAACCAAAGAUAGUGGAGAAAAUGCCGAACCUGUACAGGAAAAUUCUAAUAAAGGUUCACCCAAGCCAACCCACCUUGACUUUGUGAAGAGUAAACAGGGUACGCCCCUGACCCCUACAGGUUACCCCCAGCCCCCGACCCCUGAUUUUCCCCCACCUUCACCAGCAACUGCUAUGCUUGGUAUAGAAUUGAAGAUACAGCAGAUUAAACAGGAAUAUUAUCACCAGAUGGAUAGCAAACGGAAGUCUAGGGAUAUCACUACUCUCACUGAUGAUACUCUAGGCUGUAUUCAAGAGCAAAGGUCAGAGGUCAAGGACACUGAAGAAAGUUCCAAGGUCACUGAAACUACUUCUGAGGUCAAGGUACCUGAGACAAUUUCAGAGGUCAAAGUUACUGCAGAAGUAAAAGCUGAAGUUAAUGAAACAGUAAAAGAUAGUGAAGUUAAGGUGAAAGAAGUUUCUAGUGAAUUGGAAACUAACACAAAUGAAAUUUCAGAUUCACAUGUAACUCAAAGUGUUGAUACUCAAACAGAAUUAUUUGAACAAAAGUCGGGUGAUAAAACAGACAAAAGUGUUAAGGCUAGAUUCUGUGUUUAA